AUGACAGAUCUAUAUGGCCCAACUGAUGCAGCGAUGUGCAAGAUGUUUCGCACAACGCUCUCCGAACGAGCAUUGAGCUGGUUCAACUCCUUGCCCACUGGGUCAAUUGAAGCUCUCUCCCAACUAACAGAUCGCUUCACCCACCAUUUCGCUAUCAACAAAGAGUACGCUAAGACUCCCGCGUACCUCUUAACUAUCAUCCAGAGAGAGGGCGAGACCCUCCGUAACUACAUUCAACGAUUUGUAGAGGCAUCUCACAAAGUUCCUAACAUGGGAGGAAGCAUGCUCGCUGGAAUCAUUCAACAAAACUUGAAGGAAGGUAGAUUCAAGGAAUCUAUUGCUGGAAGACCUCCAACCACUCUGGAAGAGUUACUAAGUCGCGCUGAGAAACACGUACGCAUCGAAGAGGCUUCGGCCCUCCCUCCUGACCUCGCGCGUGCUGGAUGGGCUUAUUGGUUGAAGAGAUAUAGCUCCUAA